ACAGCGCGUGUUUAUCAAAAGUUAUUUGUCGUGAUUGAAGUCGACUGUACUUGUUCAACAAUUGUCACUUUUAAAAUGCAGUAUUUACAUUUGAAUUGAAUGGACUUGUGUACAGACCUCAUUUAAUUAAAUUUAAAUUCGUAUGUUCAUUAUAAUAAUUACGUACGGAUUUCUGAACAGUGUUUGCGAAUAAUGUUAACGAGCGUGACAUCAACUGUUUUCUAAUUAUAUUUUAUCUACGUUAACUAAUUACAAGGUGUUUAUGUGACUGAUAACGCCGAAAUAUCGUAGGUAGUGUAAUAUUAUUUGAGCAAUUAGUAAUUAAAUACCAUGGCGACUACAGUUUUAAGCAAGUUUUUUGUUAUAAAAUCACAAAUUUACUCGAAUUGUAAAAUAUUCGCUAUUACUAAGAUAUUAUCAAGUUCUAGCUACAGCACUGCAGUACGCAAAAGUAAAAUAUAUGAGAAUGCUAAUGAAGCUGUUAAUGAUAUUCAUGAUGGAUCUAAACUCUUAGUGGGUGGGUUUGGAUUGUGCGGAAUACCAGAAAACCUUAUUGCAGCUGUCAACAAAAAACUCGUUACUGGCCUUACUGUGGUCUCUAACAACGCAGGUGUUGAAGAUUUUGGUCUAGGAGUUUUACUAAAGAGCAAACAAGUGAAACGCAUGAUCUCAUCCUAUGUUGGUGAGAACGGUGAAUUUGAAAGACAAUUUUUGAGUGGAGAAUUAGAGGUAGAAUUGACACCUCAAGGCACAUUAGCAGAAAGGAUCCGAGCAGGAGGUGCAGGCAUACCUGCUUUCUUUACACCAACUGGGUUUGGUACUCUCAUACAAGAAGGUGGAUCUCCUAUUAAAUACACUAAAGAUGGCAAGAUUGACAUCCCAAGUGCAGCUAGAAAUGUACAACAAUUCAAUGGAAAGGAUUACAUCAUGGAAGAAGCAAUUACCGGUGACUUUGCUCUCAUCAAGGCUUGGAAAGCAGACAGACAUGGAAACUUAUUAUUCAGGAAAAGUGCCAGAAACUUUAACCCUGCUAUGUGCAGAGCUGCUAAGAUUACAAUUGCUGAAGUUGAAGAAAUUGUAGAUGAAAUAGAUCCUGACUUUGUGCAUGUUCCAUCAAUAUUUGUGCACAGAAUAAUUAAAGGAGUUUCCUAUGAAAAGAGAAUUGAAAGGAAAACUAUCAGCAAACCAGCUGCAAAAGGAAAGUCAGUAGAUUCUACUAGGGAGAGGAUUAUUAAAAGAGCUGCUUUGGAGUUUAAAGAUGGAAUGCAUGCCAAUCUUGGUAUCGGUAUGCCUAUGUUGGCGAGUAACUACUUACCAAGCAAUGUGAAGGUUCUGCUGCAGUCCGAAAACGGAAUACUUGGUCUUGGUCCAUUCCCUACUGAAGAAAAUGUAGAUGCUGAUCUUAUCAAUGCUGGAAAAGAAACUGUAACAGUUCUGCCAGGUGCAUCAUUCUUUUCAUCUGACGACAGUUUCGCAAUGAUCCGUGGGGGACACAUUGACUUGACUAUUCUAGGAGCUAUGCAAGUUUCACGAUACGGAGAUUUGGCUAACUGGAUGAUACCUGGCAAAAUGGUAAAAGGCAUGGGUGGUGCCAUGGACUUAGUAUCGGCUCCCAGAACAAAGGUUGUAGUUACCAUGGAGCAUACCGCUAAAAAUGGCGCCCAUAAAAUAAUUCCGGAAUGUACACUACCGCUGACUGGGAAAAACUGCGUUGACAUGAUUAUUACAGAAAAGUGCGUGUUUGAGGUUGACAAAGAAAAAGGUUUAACCUUGACUGAGCUGGCAGAUGGUGUUACUGUUGAAGAGGUGCUUGUUAGCACUGGCUGUGAAUUCAAUGUGGCGCCAAAACUCAAGAAAAUGGGUGAUAUCACUCAACCGGAGAAUAAAUCUGAAUAAAUUAUAGAAUUAUACAAGCAUGUAAUCAAGUGCCUUAAUGCGUACUCACAAUGCACUGUACUAAAUACAUUCUUUAAUAUUACGUAUCCUAGAAGUAUUUUAAAACGUAAAUAACGAUAAGCUACGAACUGCCGAGCUAUGGCAACAGUAAUGAAUUAAAAGCGUAUUUAUGCAAAUACUCAAACAAAUUCUAAUCGGUUUUAAACUAAGUACCUAUCUAUCUACCUACUUAAUUUUGUAGGUAACAAUCAAAACUUUCGAAAAAUCAAAAUUGUGUUCAAAAUAAUAUUUAUCUCAACGAUCAUAAUAAAAUUAUGGUCGUUGUUUCCGUUGUUUAAGUAUGAUUAAAUCAUUAAAUAAUGUUUUGGUUUAGGUAAGGGAAUAUUUUCUAAUGCACUUAAUAAAAAGUAUGAAUGAAGUUCUUACAGUGUUUUAAAGUGUUCAUCCUAUGUACUCUUGCAGUGUAUAACCAUUUUUAUUAUUUUGCCAAAA